GCAGUCAAGGACGCGGAAGAUGGUGUCGGUGUCGCGUUCAUUGGCCGCGGCUACCUUCCGUUGACCAACGGCGUGAGCUUUUGCGACUUUGUGUGGGACUACUCCAACUUCAACACCAAGUACACCAAGGGCAACAAGGCGAUCGGCCCCGGCAUGCAGAAGAAGGACGGCAUCCUCCGCUCGCUCGUGUACACGCAGGUGUCGAUCUCGGGCCAGGCGCUCAUCUUCGUCACGCGCACGGCCGGUAUCAACACGUGGUUCUUUGCCGAGAAGCCGUGCAACCUCCUCCUCAUCGCGUUCGUGUUUGCCCAGGUCGUGGCGUCGGUCAUCGGCUACUACGGCUUCAACGGGUACCCGUCGGACCGUAUCGCUGUCUUUGGCUGCGGCGGUGGCUACCUCGUGAUCGCGUGGUUGUGGUCGAUCGUGUGGCACUUCCCGCUCGACUUGAUCAAGUUUGCGGUCAACUACGUCCUCAACGCCAACACGUACUCGACUACGGCCUUUGACUCGCGCAUCAACGCCGGCCACCCGUCCAUGUCGACCGCGCGUGUGACGCAGCACGCCCGCUCGGUCCGCGCCUCGCGCACGGUCGCGUAAGCCUGCUUGCAAUCGCAUUGUAUAGAAAUAAUAAACGAUAAAGGAAGUUUAUUGCAAGUACAUAUUCCGUCGUUGAUAAAGCACCACCUAAUCGCAGUCUUCUCUUCUAAAC